AUGCAUACUCCUACGACUCUCCCUGACAGCGCCUUGAACAAGGCGUCGCUGUUGCACGCCUGCCAGUACCAGGACGAUACCGGUCGCUUCUGCAACCCCAAGUGGGUGGACUUGAACAGCCAUGGGGAGUACCGGCCAUCGUACAACAUCUCUCCCAGGAACUACCACCCAGUGAUGCUGAGCAGCGUUCACGUGCCCAAGGGGGCCAGGGGCCGUACGGGCCACCGGAUCAUGAUGAGCCCCAUGCGCUGGGGACUCGUCCCUUCGUGGUUCUCGGGUGAGCCGCAGAACUUCAUCUUCAACACGGUCAACUGCCGCCUCGAGAGCUGCAUGGACCGGCGCAGCUUCAAGGGCGCCAUCGCCGCCGAGAGACGCUGCGUGGUCGUCGCCGAAGGCUUUUUUGAGUGGAAGACGGAGGAGAACGGCGACAAGCAGCCGUACUACGUGUAUUUCAAGCAGCCCCGGGGCGUCGACAUGAUGAAGCGUGAGUGGGACCACGUGACCGAUGCCCACCAGCUCAUGCACAACGGACACUGGAUUGGGCCGCGCCUGCUCACCAUGGCGGGAAUCUUCGACGUCUCCACCUCCAAGGAUGUCCUGUACAGCUACACCAUUCUGACCAUGGACGCUCCUCGCUACAUGCAGUGGCUUCACAACCGAGUUCCCCUCAUCUUGGACGGUGAUGAGGCCGUGGCAUCGUGGUUGGACCCCACCUAUUCCUUCGAGGAGUUGACCUACUCGGUGCGGUGCCCGCCGAACCUGGUGUUCCACCCGGUUUCUCCCGGCGUGGCCAAGGUGACCAACAACACCGUCGAGUGUGUGCUCCCUUACCACUCUGGAGAGAGCCCAGUGAAGACUACGCCCAAGAAACGCACCUCUAAGUCACCCGUUAAGACCGUCAAGAAGGCACACAGGAGCCGCUCCUGGUCGACCGUCAGGUCGGCCAGCUUCCACUCAUUCCGAUCUUCGUCGAGCGAGCGCUCCCGCCGCCGCUCCCGCUCCAGGAACGCGUCGGCGCACAGACGCUCCAAGACGCGCCACCGCUCAGCUUCCGACUCUUCGGAGCGCCACCAGCGUGACCGCUUGAAGUCCUUGGACCCGGGCGGCAACUUCGACUUGCCGGACGGCCUAAAGCUGGCGGCCAGCUCGGCAGCAAAGCUAACGCAGACGAUCCGCAGCAGUGACCUGCACCGCGGCGGCGGCCGGCCCCUGUCCUCUCACGGUGGUAGCAGCAGCAAUUCGCCUCAGAAUUCGUCCCUGCCUUACAUGCGUCACCAAGGGAGUGGCCACAGCGACGAGCCAUCAAUGCUGGUCUCCGGUCCCGGCCAGGGCUCGCCCUGGUCGACCAGUCGCCCUGCUGAAUCAGUGCCACUGGAGUGUUUCCUCAAGAACGGCGUAAGCAGUUUGCCUGUCGUGCUUGUGCCCACUGAUGGUGCAGCCAUUCGGUUGAGUGAAACGGAGGUGUUUCAAGAAGAACUUCGCAACAUAAGCGGUCUUUUUCUGGACAUCUCGGAGAUGCAGAGUGAAGAAGGUGAAGAUGAGGCAAGGGUGCCGAAGGGGGUUAUGGCUGCGAAGGCGCUGGAGAGGGUUGAGAUUGUGGGAGACAUUUGA